UCAAUCACCCAUUCAAUUCAUUCUAUUUGGAAAUUUCCAUUUCUCUCUCUUUCAAUCUCCCCUCAAAAUUCCUUCAUACUUUUGAUCCUCUGGAGAUCUUUCGCGGAUUCUUACAGUACGCGCUCACCUCUGUUCUUCUUCUUCGCCUCCUUCGAGGAUGCUUUUGUUAAAAGCUUGAAGAGCUUAGACUAUGUCAUUACAUGACUGAUGACACGUGAGUAUAUAGUUUUUUUCCUCUCCAAGGCAAACAGCUGCUACAAAUUUCCUUACCUUAGCAUAUAGAAGGCUAGCAGAAGAAGGAAGUUGUGAGAAGAAAAGAAUUGGACUGGAACAAAUAUAAUCUCAGCUAGCGCACAGAAAUUUGAGAUUACUGGAAUGUGAUGUGAAAGCUGCUUGAGGAACUAUACUGAACUGGAUGCUAGAUAGCAGUUAAACAUCCAUUUGGAAGCUCAUUAUAUGCAAAGAGCACACAGAUCCAUUGCAUCUUCUUUCUCUCUUGCCCUAAAUUUAUAAUCAUUGUAUAUUCUCAAGGAACGAGGAUGUUGAUGAAUACAGCCUAUUUUUUCAAGUUUCUCUAACGAGCAAUAUUUGUAGGGCAUAAUAAACUAAACCACCUCCCUGAAGUUAGCAGCAUUCAAUAUUAUCAUCGAGAGCCCAUCCAAUGUAUUGUCACAGCGUUGUUGUUUCUGAGGUCUAUCAUUUACAUUUUACAUGGAACUACUUCUCAUUGCAUUGUGGCAAUUUAAGGAUCUAUGAACCACUCCUGAGUCAAGGAUAGAAUUAUGGAGCCUUUUCUGUAUUGAUGGAUAAUAUUGGCUGAUCGGUAAGCUUGGUAGUUGGUUAUGUUAGUUCUAAAAGAAUAAGUUACAUUGAAAUUCAGAAAGUUUGAUGGAGUUCAAAUUGCAUGAAAGAAAAAGAUAUAGAUGUCGUGGCAACUGGCAAGACACUUCUUAGCCACCCUUGUCUCCCAAGCUUGCCACUGCUCUGAAGAAUUGAUGAACCAGCAAGACUCCAAUACCAGUCGGCUGGAAGUACUAACCAAGCCAAACUGAUUUCUCAUUGGUAGGCUAGGCGCUUGGAGUUCACUUCUAUGCCUUUGAAUAGUUGUGGCCAUGGCGCCCCUAGGAAUAUCAAGCACUUUUAUGAAAACAUACUGAAGUAUUAGCAUUCAAGGUCCGUUAGUUUCCAUGUAAAUGGUCAACUUGAACAAUAGCUCAGGCGAUGACUAUGCAAGUCUGACUCAAGAGCGAGGCUUCACACAAUGCAGUUGUUACCAAAUCAUGAUGAAAAUAAAGAUGAUAUUCUGGAACGUGCGCCCAUUUUAAGUCACUUGGAUUUUCUGCCACAGUCUGUAGGAUCAUCAUCCUCUGCUGAGAUUGCUGAGAUUAUAGCUGUUGGGAGAGAGAGUUCUGUUAGUGAUGAUGAUUUACACAAUCUCAAUGUUGAUGAAACUUGUCAUCUGGUGAAUGCAGACCAACCACAAUGCCGUAUAUGCCUUGACACUGGAGGAGAAGAUUUGAUUGCUCCAUGCCACUGCAAAGGCACUCAAAAGUAUGUCCAUAGAUCUUGUCUUGAUAAUUGGAGGUCCACAAAGGAGGGCUUUGCUUUUGCUCAUUGUACAGAGUGCAGAGCUAUGUUCGUGUUACGUGCAAAUGUCCCUCCUGAUCGUUGGUGGUUGAGACUGAAGUUCCAAUUUCUUGUUGCUAGGGACCAUGCGUUCAUUUUCAUCAUAGUUCAGCUGAUUGUGGCAUUCUUGGGGGUGUUGGUGUACAAAUUUUACGGAGAGGAACUAAGGGAAAUGUUUGGUUAUGAAGAACACCCAUAUGGGUUCUAUGCCAUGGCUGUGUUGGCUAUCAUCUUGGUUGGUUUACUCUAUGGUUUCUUCAUAGCCAUUAUAUGCGGGCAGAGGAUAAAUGAACGCCACUACCAUGUCCUCGCUAAGCAAGAACUGACAAAGGAAUAUAUAGUUGAAGAUCAAGAACAUAACAAGAACGUUCCUGAAUUAGACCCCAGUCAUGUUAUGGAGCUAAGGAUGUUGGGCCUGUAUUAAUCUGAAAUUGCUGAAUCCAUUGUGCACUUCACUUCAAGUUACGAUUGAUCUGGUGGAUGUACUUUUGAGCUUGACCAAAGCAAGCAAAUUUAUUGCUGAAAUGUUGCCCAAUUUGCAAGCAAGAAAGAAGAAGAGUGGUUCCGAACUGUACAUGGAACUGACGUGUUUGUUUCCUUCUGGUUUAUCCAAGCGGUCUGUUUGAACAAAUAAAUGCAAUGAAAAGGCAUUAAUAUUUGAGAAGAAAAUUCUGCAAGGAGUCGCUUCCUGGUCAGACACGGAUUUUGCUGUAUAAAUGAUUAAAUGGACAUUUUAGAUGAUGGGGAAAUUACUCCCAUCCUUCCUUGCUCCCGCUUACCCCUGAAGUUUUAUUCACAUUUUACUUAUCGUUUUGGAUUUGUAUUUAUUUGUUGAUAAAAUGUGAAUUGUUUAAAUUAGUAGAUUAAAUCGUACAUUAUAUAAUUUAUAUUCUGAAA